UUUAUCUCAAGUAAUGCAGUGGAUAGAGACGAAAGUACAUGUGCAGGUAGCAGUGUGAUCGGUGGAUCGUACGCAGUAGAAAAGUCAGUUUGGUGGAAAGUGGAUAUGGGCGAUAUUUACAGUAUUUACAGCAUCAAUAUACUGUUUAAAGACGUGACUGGUUACGAAUAUCGACAAAGAGGCCGCUUUGCCGGCUUCUCUCUGUACUUAUCAGAGUCCAGUGAUAGAGACAACGCCUCUCUUUGUUACAAAGAUGGACCAGAGUUACCUCCAUUGAAUUUUACGACAACUUGUUUGGGAUACGGAUGUUAUGUAAUCUUUUACAAUGAAAGAUUGAAUGGAGUUGUUUAUCCUGAUGGAUACGAAAUUAAGUCAUAUACUGAUUUGUGUGAAGUGAAAGUCAAAGGUUGCAGUAGAAAUUUUUAUGGAAGAAAUUGUGAUCAAAAAUGCUCAGUCAACUGUGAAGACCAAAGAUGCAACAUCAUAAAUGGAACAUGCUUGAGAUGCACGCGUGGUUGGAUAGGACAAUUAUGUGAAAAUAUUAACUCUAAAUAA